UUCUUUCCCAAUUCAUUCUCUUCAAUUCAACGUUUAUCGAUUUUUCCUUCUUUCGCAAAAACUCAAAAACCCUAACAAUGGCAUCAGGCGGAACCGAAGCCUUUCCAGAUUUGGGUAAACACUGCCAGCACAGCGAUUGCCACCAACUCGAUUUUCUUCCUUUCACAUGCCAAGGUUGCCAAAAGGUGUUUUGUUUGGAGCACAGAUCCUUUAAGUCCCACGCGUGCAAGAAUUCCGACCACAACAGCAGAAAAGUGGUUGUCUGCGAAACGUGUUCCAUGUCCAUUGAGACCACAGGAUAUGUGGGACAGGAAGAGGAUGCAAUCUUGAAGAAGCACCAAAAGUCUGGGAACUGUGAUCCCACCAAGAAGAAGAAACCCAUUUGCCCUGUCAAGCGCUGCAAGGAGGUUUUGACUUUCUCCAACACCAGCACCUGUAAAACUUGCCACAUUAAGGUGUGCCUCAAGCACCGUUUCCCUGCUGAUCAUGCUUGCAGCAGAGGAGUUUCAGCUUCUUCCUCCUCUGUUGCUGAUGGUGGAUGGAAGAAUCGAUUUUUGGCUGCUUUAGGUUCAAGGGCUGGACAGAACUGUGCCAAAACUGGUUCAUCUCGUUCUACCUCUCCUCCUAGCACUCCUUCUGUCAAGGCCUAUUGAAUGCUAUUUGCUUUGAAUGAUUUCAGAGUGGUUUGAUGGAAUGUUGUAUUGUGUUCCAUUCCAUUGCAAUUUGAAUGUUUAUAUUUACAGCAUAAACUACGAUAUUUAUUCAGA